AUGUCCCGUAAAUCUAUUUUAACAACUGCCAAAGAAACAUCACAGGGGGCUACUAGCGCACCCGAUUUGUUAGACUCUGACUUACCUUAUGCGGAUAAAAUUACACUACUCUGUGCUGAUAUACGCAAAGGGCCUGAGGGCUUACUUAUUCCAGAAUUGGUGGACGCUGAAGUCAAUACAUCUACCAUACUUUGCUGUGAAGCGGUUCGACAACAUUCUUUCCAGUCACCUGUUCUCCUGUUCUCCCCAUCUACAGCUGAUCAGGCUUUGGCUCCUGCUCCAUCUUUUGCGGAUAUUGUUCGACGACCCAAAAAGCCUAGCCUUAUUAUUCGUCCUAAAGCUGACACUACUAGUGAUACGCUUAAAGAACAGCUUAAUACCAAAGUUCCGCUCUCACAACUUAAAGUUGGAAUAGAUCGUAUUACUAAAAUAAAUAACGGAGGUUUGGAGGUCUUCUGUCAAACACCUGAUGAUGUUGCGAUACUCGAACAAGAACUCACGCGCUCUGAUGUACCAGCAGAUGUCAGUAGACCAAUCAGACGAAAACCAAGAAUUGCUAUCCAUGACUUGCCGGAAUCAAUCACACCGCAAACAGUACUUUCAGAACUCAGCGGAGCCACGGGAUUGCCAGAAACAGCAUUCACGAUGCGAUUCCGUCUCAGGGAGCGACGGAAGGGAUACAUUAAAUGGAUUGUUGAAUGUGACUCCCCAGGUUUUGCUGCGGUCAUGCGUCGGCGAAAAAUUUUCGUCGGCUGGCAAGCUCACAGAGCCACUGAAUUUAUUGGAAUUAAAAGAUGUUACUCCUGUCAGCAAUAUGGCCAUGUGCAAACAGAAUGCAAGAGUAAGCGAAAAUACUGCUCCUACUGUGCAGGAGAUCACGGGCUCAAAGAUUGCACAGCUCAAACACUUGAAUGCAUCAACUGUGGCGAAGCCAAUAAUCGUUACGGUACCAGAUAUGACUUCGCCCAUCCCGCCUACCACCGCGAUUGUCCAGAGUAUCAACGUCGCGUCCAGCUCAUCGGGGCAAACACAGACUACUAA